CUUCCGGGGUCGCGGCUGCGGCGGUCCGCCGGGCCGGGGAGAGCGGUGUUGGCCGGGGAGCGCGGGGUUUGCCGGGGCCUGUGUUCGGCGGGCAGGGUCCGGCUGCGGGGCCGCGGCGCCGCCGUGGGUGGGCGCGGGGCCUGGACGCUGCCCGCAUGGCGGAGGCGAGGGUGCUGGCCCCCGAGCGCGCCGCGCGCAGCCCCGCGCCUGAGCCCGGGCUCGGCCGCAAGCCGAAGCGGAAGAGACGCGGAAAGACAAGGUCCUGGAGGCACAGAGCGCGGGGGGCCGGCGGGACGCCGGGGGACGGCUCCCGUGCGGUCGCGCCGCUUCCCCCGAAGGCGCCGGAGGGCUUCUCCCGGAACUGGAAGGCGCUGCAGCGGCUGCUGAAACAGAAACCACAGGCCCCAGGAGAGCUUCUUGUCCUCUCUCAGACGGAUUCCAAAAAGCAGUCGCAAAGUGUCCAAGAAAACAGAAAAGUGAUCUCAGAUAAAGCAAAGAUAAAUAAGACGGGGACAGAAAACACAGACCCCAAGGCCACCAGGGGUUCCAUGCCCUCAGGGUCUCUGACGAACAGGAGGCUACGGGCACAGCGCAGCGAGAAAGGGGCCAAGAGAAGGACCGAAGGUGACAUUUCUCCAGAACGGGUGGGCAUCAAACAUAAGAAGCGGAAAGUCGAGGAGGCGACUGCCACCCUGCCUCCCGCCCUGCCCACCGAGGAAGACAUCUGGUUUGAUGAUGUUGAUCCGGCAGACAUCGAGGCAGCGAUGGGCCCGGAGGCAGCCCGGAUCGCGAGGAAACGGCUGGGUCAGAGCGAGAGCAGCCUCACGCUGGUGAAGGAGUGCGCUUUCAGCGGCCUGACUAAAGCCUUAGCCGUGGACUGUGAGAUGGUGGGCGUGGGUCCCAAGGGGGAAGAGAGCAUCGUGGCCCGCGUGUCCCUGGUCAACCAGCACGGGAAGUGCGUUUAUGACAAGUACGUGAAGCCAACCCAGCCGGUGACCGACUACAGGACGGCGGUGAGCGGGAUCCGGCCUGAGCACCUGGCACAAGGAGAAGAGUUUGAAGUUGUGCAGAAGGAGGUGGCAGACCUGCUGAAGGGCCGGAUUCUGGUGGGACACGCACUGCACAACGACCUGAAGGCGCUGUUUCUGGGUCACCCGAAGAAGAAGAUCCGGGACACUCAGAAGUACAAGCCCUUCAGGACCCAAGUGAAGGCAGAGCCCCACCCCCACCCCGCGUGGCUGAGCGCUGGCCUCCCCUGGCAGAGCGGGCGGCCGUCUCUGAAGCUGCUUGCCGAGAAGGUCCUGGGGAUCCGGGUGCAGCAGGCGGAGCAUUGUUCGAUUCAGGAUGCGCAGGCGGCGAUGAGGCUGUAUGUCCUGGUGAAGAAGGAGUGGGAGAACGUCUCCCGAGACAGGAGGCCCCUGGCCCCCGACGUCUGCAGUGACAAUGCCUAGCAAGAGCCUGCCCUGUGCCGCUCCCAGGGCCCUGGGUAGCUGUGACCAAGUCACGGGACAGAUGGAGUCUCCCCGGAGCCGCGGCGGCGGGGCACAGGCAUGCGUGCUGCUGCGCAGAGCUUCCUCCGUCUAGUUGUGGCAUCUGAGACUCAUCCCCGCACACGGGGGCGGGCAGCACACAGGGAUGAGAGGAGGGGCUGUCCCCAGGGCUUCCCUGGGUCCUGGGGCCAGAAGCACCCAGUUCUCCCCCGGGCUGUGGCACCUGCCUCUGGGGAGGCCCCUUUCCCUUGUUGCCUUGGGAGACCGAGAGAGAAGAACUCCUUGGACUAGGCCUGGACCACGCAGCUGCAGGCAGCCCAGCGGCGACCUCAUCGAGGACUUUCCUGUGGUUCCUUUCUCACCCACUGCCCCCACCACCACCACGCACACCCGCCAAGUUUAAACUCCAGGUCGGAGCCCACCGUCGGCGAGGGGCGCACGGGCUGCCCAGCGCGGUGACAGCAGUGGUCCCUGGAGGUAGGCACCUCCCGCCUAGGACGGACCUGCUGACUGUGGGUGGCCCGCAGCCCUCUCUGCGCGACCCAGGUGUGGGGGGCUUUCUGAGGACGGGAGCGGCCAGUUGCACUUACUGGAGUGAUGCCCCGGGUGCUACUGAGCCCCGACGCCUGUACGAAAAGUCCAGACCCACCAAGGAUGUCGUGUGACAUAAACAGCUUUUUACUUGAGCUGGAGCUCGUGGAGGCGCAGUGUCUGAGAGCACCGCUGUGUCCCACAGCUGGUCCUGGGGGACAUCUCUCCCUGACCCCCACCCCUAAGGAGAGGCCCUGUGGCCCCGGGUGGCCGCCUGGGGCUGGGCCCACUGCCCACUCUGGGAGGUGGACUGGGAGGCCUCCUGCAGGCCCUGGAGCACGCUGUGUGCAUACGACACCAGCUCCUGGAAGGAAAAAAGUAGGUCAGCUGUUUUCACGAAUGGUCUCUGGGUCCACGACUAGUUAUUUCUGUUACUUAAUCCGCUUUUCUUUGAAGACAUCUCAUUCCCCUUCCCUUCAGGGCUGACUUCGGCCCCAUUGUGGAUGAGGGGUGACACGGGGAGAGCCGCUUAAAACCACACAUGCAGCAGUCCCGGUCGCCUCCACCCACACCUCUCGUCCAACCCCUGGACUCUGUGCACCCGGGUCUGGCCGGGUCGGCCUCGCCGACACUCACCAGGCUGGAGGUGAAGCGCCCGUGGAUCUCCUCGACCAGGGGCUGGAUGCCGCUGGACACCAUCUCAGACAGGAUCUCCUCUGUGGGCAGAGCAGAGGCGCCUGAGGCCAGGGACGAGGCAGCCCCUCCCAGGCUUCGCGUGAGCCGCCCGGACGCGGGAGCAGGCGUCACCCGCGCCAGCACAGUGCCUGGCACGGAGGGUUCCUGCCCUUCCCCCUGUCAGUAACAGCCGCGAGCAGGCCGCCUCUUGAAGGCUGGCUCCCAGGGAGGCGUGACGAGGGCAGAGGGUCCUCACUGUAGGAGGCCAGGCGGGCCAGCAGCAUGCAGAUGCUCUCCACCACCUCCGGGUCGUCCCUGUGGAGCUGGUACGUCUCCUGGAUGAGGGCGAGGCCGCUCUUGCCCUCCUCGGGCAUCACCACCUGCAGGGCCGCCAGCUCUGGGCGGUGGGAGGGGGGACAUUGAGAGCCCAGAGCGCCUGGGGUGCCAGGAGCCUCAGCUGGCAGAGGACGCCACACUGUCUUGCAGCCUGGGGACCUCUGAGUGCAGGCCUUGCCCAGCUCCUCCGCACCCCAUCCUGUUUGAUGGCGGGAUCCCGCAGGGCCUGCAACCUCGGCCGGGCUCCAGGCCCCAAGUGUCCACGAGGGGCUGUGGUGCCCAGUCGGGUGCAGAGCCUGGUGGGGGCGGAGGGACAGCCAGGCUCCGUGUGGAGGUGGGAGCUGGAGGAGAGCCUGCGCGCACGUGGCCUGUGCGUGGCGGGGAGGCAGUCACGGGACAGGGUUACACGAACAGUGAGGAGUGUGUGUAGAGAAGGGGUCCAUAGUGUCACCUGCACAACGGGGCUGUAGGUGUUUCCCGUCCCCUUUUCGAGUGUUUGUUUUUGGUGUGUGGGCUGCCGGCAGGCGUUCCUGGGGGAGUCGGCCGCCGCCUCCUAAUGGCAGCCCCGCCAUCCCCGGGCUCACCAGACACCUUCGCGAGGCUGGCCAGCCCCCGGUAGGCGUGGUUCACCAGCAGGACUUGGUCCUGGCGCAGCCGGAUGCUCUGCAGGAACAGGACCGCCACUUCUUCAAACUGCUGCUCCUUUAUGCAGCCUGCGGGGGAGCCGGCACGCGCCUCGUCUUGAGGGUCCGGGGCCACCCCUCUGGCCCUGGGGCCCCAGCCGCUCACCCAGCAAGGACAACAGCCACAGGACCGCACAGCCGGCUUCGGCCAUCUCUGCGUCCGUCGGGGACAUGCCUCCUGGUCCAGGGUCACUGCUGUGUCCACCCCGGUGAGAGCACCAUGUCGGGCACACGGCCGCCACACGGGACGUGCUGCUGCCUGGGGAAGACGCUCUGGGCCCCCAGCUGCUGCGUGCCAGGGGGCUGCUGGUUCCAUCCCUGGUCAGGGAACUGGAUCCCAUAUGCCACAACUAAGAGUUCGCAUGCCACAACUAAAGAUUCCACACGCUACAACUAAAAGAUCCCACAAGCAGCAACAAAGAUCCUACCUGCCGCAACGGAGACCCGGCGCAGCCAAAUUAGUAAAUAAAUAGUUUUUGCAAAGUUUUGCUGGGCGCUGGGGCUGUGCCUCCUGUGCUGACGGGGAAGCUGGCCCCAUGGGUCCCACGCUCAGAGAUGUGGCCGCAGUGUGGGGCAGCCCAGCUCGCAGGAGCCACUGCCCCUGCAGGCAGCACUGUGUGGCACCAAGACCCCAGGUGGCACGUAGAGACAGGCUGAAAUGCCACUCCGGGGCCUGAGCUCACCUGAUGUUUAUUCGCUCCAAGGGGUCAGCCUGGAGCAUCAGAGGCAAAAGGGCACCGAAGAUUUUCGCAUCAGGGACGCUCCUCUCCUCCAUGGUCCUCAGGACACCCCUCAGGCUGUCAGGGGAACUCCGGAUGGACUUCCGCAGAAGCAUGGCUUCUGUGGUCUAGGAGGAGACAGAGAACCGCUUGUGCACUCCCUCAGCUAAAGGAAGACGGCCUGACCUUGGGCAGAGGGGAGGCGAUGGGGCCCCCGCCGCCAGGAAUGCCCAGAGGCCACCUGCGCCCCAGGGUUCUUGUACGAAGAAGAAAUGGAGGGUCGGAGAAAAGCGAAUGGCCGUCUCACUGGCUGGAGGAGGUGGAGGACCACCCUCCCUCCACAGCUGGAAUCCGACCAUGGGCCGUUUGUGCACCUGAACUUGGCUGGUCUCGUCCAGGAGGGGCUGCUGUGUGGGCGGGUUUGAAAGUUACCAUCACCCCCUCACAAGGGUCCUGUAGGGUGGAGUGCGGGGGUGGAGGCGCCACACGGGCCCGCAGGGCACUCAGCACAGGCAGGAUACUGAUGGGAAGAGGGCACCCCUUUCAGCGCCAGGGUGGGCAGAGCCCGGCUCCCUGGGGCUGUGGGCAGCGGGGCUGGGGUGUGGCGGGGAGGGGCAGAUGGAAGCCCCUCACAUCCAGGAAGGAGCAGCUGGCCAUGUCAAGGAUGAUGCAGCCCAGGGACCAGAUGUCAGAUUUCUGGCUGAAGGAGAAGCUGAGGGCUUCGGGGGCCAUCCAGGACUUCUGAAAGGGCUCUGUCGGCAGGAGUGAGGUGGGGAUGUGUGAGUCCAGUGCUCCCUGGGGAAGCAAGAAGCUUGCAAAAUGAGCCCCCACCCCCUUCUCUGGGGAGGCAGAGAUGCGCAAUCUGAGGGGAGGGGAAGAGGCCGCUGGUCAGUAAGAUCCUGGCCCCUGAUCUUCAGCCAGCGAGGCUGCCCAUCUCAGCAGGGGCCCGCCAGGCUGGCCGUGUGCGCGUCGUGUCCCUCCGCGGCGGCAGAAACAGUCUGAAGAGCCACGUGCCGAGGAGACUAAUACACGCACCCUCCUCAGCGUCCUGCCCCUCCCGACACUUAGCUGGGACCUGGAGGCAAAGUUCUAGUUGCCCUGCCCUUGUUUCUAAGCCUGAACCCCUGGGACUUCCCUGGCGGUCCAGUGGUUAAGACUCCACGCUUCCACUGCCGGGGACGCAGGUUCGAUCCCUGGUUGGGGAACUAAGAUCCCGCAAGCCGUGUGGCCAAUAAAUAAACAAACAAACCUGAACCCCAGACAAGGAGCCAAAACAGCAGGAUCCCCAGCCCAGAUAGAUGAGUGGGUAGGUGGAUGGACAAGUGGAUAGGUGGACAUGCCUGACAGGCCUCAGGCAGCCCCUCCCUCUCUGGACCUCCACCCCCCAAACAAAGAGCAAAGGGGUGGGCUCCCAGGACCCCUGCCAUCUGCACCUCCAGAGGAUCCACCCAUCCACUCACCUGCCCACCCACACCCGCCCAUCCAUCCAUCCAUCCAUCCACCUAUCCACCUUUCAUCUAUCUGCGUGUCCGUCUAUCCACUUGUCCAACCUCCUACCCACCUACCCAGUCAUCUAUCCAUCCAUCCACGUACCCACCCACCCGUCCAUCCAUCCACCAAGGACGGGGUGCCACCAGUCCCUGUCAGCCCAGGACUCUGGGAUUCUCCACUGGAGAGCUGCUCUCUCCACCCCUGAUAGCUGUUAUAGGCUUGAAGCCCAGCUCCCUUUGCCCUGUUGUCUUUUCAAAGGAAGGAAAACGUCUCUCCACGACUGCUCGCCUCGACCAUCUCCUGGGUUAUUUUGAGACUCAGUACAGUAACCCAGCCCACGCCGGUGCCUGGCGUCCGUCACUUUCCUCCCUCCCGAGGCUUUCCCUCCCCCUCCAUGAAGGUUAACAUUUUCUGAGUGUCUUUUGGUCGCUGCACGCCCCCUCCCCACGGUGGUACUUCUGCUCAGUUACAGUCCAUGCAAGGGGGUCUCUUUGGAGUCCACAUAAGCCCAGGGGGGGUCUGUGGGGACCUUCUGAGCAAGGAGAGGUUUGCUGUUGCCUUGCUCCAGCACCCAGGGUGGCCACUGCCCUUGGACUCCAGGGGCGACCCCUUCCGGUGGACGGCCCCUCCCGCACUGCUCCCCAGCCACCACUGUCCCCUGGCCGGGAGGACGCCAGCCACCUUCCUCCGCACGGACGUUCCACUUGGCUUCGUCGGUCAUGAGCGUGUUGGAGCUCAGGUCCUGCAGUUUGCAGUGGUCGCUGCGGACCAGGGCGAUGUUGGAGGGCUUGAGGUUCCUGAAACCGAGAGAGGCACCCUUCCACCCACCGCCUGGCAGGGCCACGUCCGUGAGCCCUCUGCUCCCGCCACACCAGGGCCGCCACCGCAGCCCACACCCCUCCUCCUCUCUCUUCAGUAAAUGCCCUGUUCGGCCCACUUUCUAAAUAUUGUUUCCUGUAAGCAUAAAUAAACUCAGUGAUUUCCAAAGGGAAAAACGAGCCAACUACGAGCAGGGAAACCCAGUCCCUCCGUGGUCCCUCCGCUAACAUCCUUCCAGAUCUCAGCUGCGCGUCUGCUUGGGGACUGGCUUUCCAUCAUUUCCUAAGGUCCAGUGACAUUGACACGGAGUCUCAAGCACUUCCUUCCUACAUUUCGUUCACACG